CGCGCAGCGCGCCCCCUCGGUGCGCGGGCACAGCAGCCAGGCUGCCGGAGAGCAGAUCUCGGGGAUUUGGGUGCGGAGCCCUUGGCCUGGAGGCGAUAUGGGUGGUCCGCGGCCCGUUUCAGUCGCUCGCAACAGCCCGGGGAACAGGCCUGUCUGGCCCUGAGGGGGUCCCCUUUCUGAAGCUGUGGUGCUUGGACGACCUGCUCUCUGAUCGCGGCAUUGCUGGGCACGUGUAUGUGUCCUUCGAGGGCUCAGUGUUGAGGUUCAAGUCAGUGUGGCCAUGAAGGGGCUGCCUGUUAGGCUGAUGCUGUGACCCAGGAAUCUGCCUUCUUGCCACUCCCCUGCCCAGAACAUGUGGCUGCAGCUGGGCCCACCCUCACUGUCCCUGAGCCCCAAGCCCACAGUUGGCUGGAGCCUGUACCUCACUCUGUGGUUCUUCAGCUUGGUGCUGAGGGCCAGCACCCAGGCCCCAGCACCUACAGUCAAUACUCACUUUGGGAAGCUAAGAGGUGCCCGAGUACCACUGCCCAGUGAGAUGCUGGGGCCUGUGGACCAAUACCUGGGAGUUCCCUACGCCGCCGCCCCGAUUGGCGAGAAACGUUUCUUGCCCCCCGAACCACCCCCCUCCUGGUCGGGCAUCCGGAACGCCACCCACUUCCCUCCAGUGUGCCCCCAGAACAUUCACACAGCUGUGCCCGAAGUCAUGCUGCCCGUCUGGUUCACUGCCAACUUGGACAUCAUCGCCACAUACAUCCAGGAGCCCAAUGAAGACUGCCUCUACCUGAAUGUUUAUGUGCCCACAGAGGAUGUAAAGCGGAUUUCCAAGGAAUGCGCCCGAAAGCCCAACAAGAAAAUUUGUAGGAAAGGAGGAUCCGGCGCUAAGAAACAGGGCGAGGACUUAGCGGAUAAUGACGGGGAUGAAGAUGAAGACAUCCGGGACAGUGGUGCUAAGCCCGUCAUGGUCUACAUCCAUGGAGGCUCUUACAUGGAAGGGACGGGCAACAUGAUUGAUGGCAGCGUCCUGGCCAGUUAUGGUAACGUCAUCGUCAUCACCCUCAACUACCGGGUUGGAGUUCUAGGUUUCCUGAGCACCGGUGAUCAGGCCGCCAAAGGCAAUUAUGGGCUUCUUGACCAAAUCCAGGCCCUCCGCUGGGUGAGCGAAAACAUUGCCUUUUUUGGUGGUGAUCCCCACCGUAUCACCGUCUUUGGCUCGGGCAUUGGCGCAUCCUGUGUCAGCCUCCUCACACUGUCACAUCAUUCUGAGGGGCUUUUCCAGAGGGCCAUUAUCCAAAGUGGUUCUGCUCUGUCCAGCUGGGCUGUAAACUACCAACCCGUGAAGUAUACGAGCCUGCUGGCAGACAAGGUGGGCUGUAAUGUGCUAGACACAGUGGACAUGGUAGACUGUCUUCGGCAAAAGAGUGCGAAGGAACUGGUGGAACAGGACAUCCAGCCGGCCCGCUACCAUGUGGCCUUCGGCCCUGUGAUUGAUGGUGACGUUAUUCCUGAUGACCCUGAGAUCCUCAUGGAACAGGGAGAGUUCCUGAACUAUGAUAUCAUGCUAGGUGUCAACCAGGGAGAGGGCCUCAAGUUUGUGGAAGGUGUGGUGGACCCUGAAGAUGGGGUCUCUGGAACAGACUUUGACUACUCAGUCUCCAACUUUGUGGACAAUCUCUACGGCUAUCCUGAGGGCAAGGAUACACUGCGGGAAACCAUCAAGUUCAUGUACACAGACUGGGCAGACCGUGACAACCCUGAGACCCGCCGUAAAACGUUGGUGGCCCUCUUCACUGACCAUCAGUGGGUGGAGCCCUCAGUGGUGACAGCUGAUCUGCAUGCCCGAUAUGGCUCACCUACCUACUUCUAUGCCUUCUAUCAUCACUGCCAGAGCCUCAUGAAGCCAGCAUGGUCAGAUGCAGCUCAUGGGGAUGAAGUACCCUAUGUUUUUGGUGUCCCUAUGGUAGGACCCACUGACCUCUUCCCCUGCAACUUCUCCAAGAAUGAUGUUAUGCUUAGUGCUGUCGUCAUGACUUACUGGACCAACUUUGCCAAGACUGGAGAUCCCAACAAGCCAGUACCCCAGGACACCAAGUUUAUUCACACCAAAGCCAACCGCUUUGAGGAAGUGGCCUGGUCCAAGUACAAUCCCCGAGAUCAGCUCUACCUUCACAUUGGGCUGAAGCCAAGGGUCCGAGAUCAUUACCGGGCCACCAAGGUGGCCUUCUGGAAACACCUGGUGCCCCACCUCUAUAACCUGCAUGAUAUGUUCCACUACACGUCCACUACCACCAAAGUGCCGCCCCCAGACACCACCCACAGCUCCCACAUCACCCGCAGGCCCAACGGCAAAACCUGGAGCACCAAGCGGCCAGCCAUCUCUCCUGCCUACAGCAACGAGAAUGCACAGGGGGCCUGGAACGGGGAGCAAGAUGCAGGGCCCCUCCUGGUGGAGAACCCUCGUGACUACUCCACUGAAUUAAGUGUCACCAUCGCUGUGGGGGCCUCACUCCUGUUCCUCAAUGUUCUGGCCUUUGCUGCCCUCUAUUAUAGGAAAGACAAACGGCGUCAGGAGCCCCUGCGGCAGCCUAGCCCUCAGAGGGGAGCUGGGGCCCCUGAGUUGGGACCUGCCCCCGAGGAGGAGCUGGCAGCAUUACAGCUAGGCCCCACCCACCAUGAGUGUGAUGCUGGUCCCCCCCACGACACACUUCGCCUCACUGCCCUGCCCGACUACACACUGACCCUGCGGCGUUCCCCUGAUGACAUCCCACUCAUGACUCCCAACACCAUCACUAUGAUCCCCAACUCCCUGGUAGGGCUGCAGACAUUGCACCCCUAUAACACCUUUGCCGCGGGAUUCAACAGUACUGGGCUGCCCCACUCACACUCCACCACCCGGGUAUAGCUCCAGUCCAGAGCACGGCCUCUCUCCCAGCUCUCUCCCUCCUAGAUCCAUGAACACACACACACACACACACACACACACACACACGGACACGGACACACGUAUAUGUGUGCACACACAACAACAACACUUGACAGCAAACACCUACACAGACAUCAACAGAUGUGGACAUGCGCCCGCAUGUACAAAAACACCAACAUGGAAGUAGACCUAAAUAAGCCCUCCCAACCGGGACACAAAUGAGUCCUUGGGAAACCUAGGACCCACGGAACAGCAGCCCCAUGAAACAGCAGCUGAAGCAAGCUCCCCAAGCCUGACC